AUGUUUACUGCAAAAAAACUACUUUGGGUGCUAAAAGAAUAUGGACAGUCUUGGGAUGGCGCUUAUUUUCGUGACACUGUCCUUCGACAACAGGUGAUCCCAUUUCUUCGUGAUUCGUCCAAUGUUCUCGAUACGAACGAAGUGAUAUUUCUUCACGACAAGGCACCUUGUAUGAAAGCGAAUGCAACACAACAUCUUUUAGAAGAUGAGAAUGUGAAUUUCUGGGGAAAUUCAAUUUGGCCAGGCAAUAGUCCUGACAUGAAUCCUGCAGAAAAUAUUGGUGCAAUUAUUAAAGAUAAAGUUGAGGAACUAAUGGCAAAUGAAGAUCGUCGUAGCAGAUACAAUUACGAUGCACUGAAAACGAAUUUGGAGAAUACGCUCAAAGAUCUUGAAAAUGAUACAGAUCUUUUUAUUGACUUGUUAUGCUCGAUGCGAAAAAGAUUUGAUGCUCUCAAGGCUGCUGAUGGGGGUCAUACGAAGUUCUGA